CAACACUUGACACCGACCCCCACUCUCACUCACUCCCAUUACAUCCCAAAAAUUCCAACACUUUUCUAAACCCUAGCAUAACCGCUUUACAAUUCAAACCCUCUCUCUCUCUCUCUCUAGAUUCAAAUGGCCGAUCCCGAGCACCGUGAAGAGGAAGAGGCACCAGCCGUCGGCGAUGACGAAGACACCGGAGCACAAGUCGCUCCCAUCGUCAAACUCGAAGAGGUUGCCGUCACUACAGGCGAAGAAGACGAAGUCGCAAUUCUAGAUCUCAAAUCCAAGCUUUAUCGGUUCGAUAAAGAUGGAAAUCAGUGGAAGGAAAGAGGUGCUGGUACCGUUAAGUUUUUGAAGCAUAAGGUUACUGGUAAAGUUAGGCUUCUCAUGAGGCAAUCCAAAACCCUCAAGAUCUGUGCCAAUCAUCUCAUUAUACCUACUAUGUCUGUUCAAGAGCAUGCUGGGAAUGAGAAAUCUUGUGUUUGGCAUGCUAGGGAUUUUGCUGAUGGUGAACUCAAGGAUGAGCUUUUCUGCAUUCGAUUUCCUUCGAUUGAAAAUGCAAAAAGCUUUAUGGAAACAUUCCAAGAAGUUGCAGAGUCCCAGAAGCCAGUUGAUGACAAGGCUGCAACUGCAGCAGCUGGUCUUGUUGAGAAGUUGACUGUUGAAGACAAGGCUGUUGAUGCAGAGAAGAAAGAUGGAGAGAAGUCUGAAGAAAAAACUGAAGAGAAGGAAUCCGCAGCAGUUGAUGCAAAUAAAAAAGUUGAAGAGCCUGCGUCCUCUGCUUGAGUAUAUUCAUAUUUCAUACUACUAUGCAAUCUGACAAGGUUGUGGUCGAUGUUUUUACCGUCCAUGUCUUUGGAUAUUGUCAUACUUAAUAGUUGUCAGAUUGUCAAUGUCAUUCAAUUGAGCUGUUUGUGUCAUCUUUUGAGUUUUUGUCAGCAAGCAAAAUUAGGGUUGGUUGUGAAUUUUGAGGCUUGAAUUUGUUUAGCUUUCGGGCUCUGGGAGUUUAUUAUAGUCAUUUUCAUUCUACAUAUGUAUCUGUUGCGAGUAAUGAGUCGGGUUGGUUGGGUGGUUGCAGUCGAGAUUCGUCAAAGUCAAUCAAACACAGGUUUUGGAUACUAGUUUGAGAUUCAUAUUUUGGUUGAAAUACAUUUUUGGUCUUUUAUCCUUUUUUA